GCGCAAAAUGACAUUCAUUCAGCUAACAAACACGAAUUCCUAUCUAUCUACACCAAAAUCCAUGCUCGUGCAUUCUCAAAGGCCAAUAUAUUGGGUGGACUUGCAGCUGCUGGUCUUAUUCCUUUUAAACCAGAGAGUGCUCGCAAAACUCCAUAUCAAGCUGAAGACACCAAUUCCACCUUCUUCUCCAUCCAGCAAUCAAUCCUUUUAUUUAGGAAGAACACCAGCCAGUCUUUAUCAGUUGAAUGAGCAGAAAAAGCAGAUUCAAGACCUCAACGACAGUCUCUAUCCUCAGUUGUUGCAGAGCAGAUGCUUGAAGAGUCAUAAAGGGUGCAGAGAUGGCAAUGCAGAAUUCUAUCCUUUUACAACAAGAAAUCCAUCGGCUUCACACAUCAAAUAAGCAUCAGAAAGAGAAGAAGAUGACACGAGCCUUUAUUCAAGAUAAAGGGAGUUUAACAGGUGAAGAGGGGCUGCAAAGAUUGAGAGAAACUAGAAAGAGAGGCCAUACAAGAGCCAUCAUCAUCAUCAUCAUCAUCAAGAUCCUGACGACCAGCACGGUGCAGUAAUUGCAAUAAAGAAGGCCAUAAUAGAUUGAAAUGCCCUGUUCCCUGUUAGAGAACAAUAGAUUUAAUGGAUUUAAUGGAUUUUGGUUUGC